GGGGGGCCCAGAGUUGAAGGAAGCCCCCGUUGUGAUUGUAGAUGAAUCUUCUUCCCCCAAGCCUUCGGGUCAAGCUGCUGGUCUGACAUGGCCCCAGGACAAAGUCCAAUUCUCCAUCACGAAGGGAACCGCUAUCAUGCACGGGACCCUGAACCCGAAGGAGUUUUUUAGGGGUGCCACCCCUCCGACCGAUAAGUCUGUGCUCUCCCGUCAUGCCGAUGAUGUCCUCUGCUCCAAGGUUCUGAUGGCCUCGGUUACGGUAAGGUUCCUUCCUUCUCUUUUGCAGAUAAUUUAAUUCUUUAUGUGUGUAGUGACUUAACCUUCGAUAAUUUAUACUUGCUUCCAGGCAAGCCUUGGCCUUGGCGAGCUGGUCCAGAGGAUGGAGCAGUAUGAUUCCGAGAAGAAGAAAGCCGAUGAAGCAUUGGCUGAGGCCCGAAAGCAGCUCAAAGAGGCCGAGGAAGCUCUCAAGGCUGAGCAAGAGGCUUUUAAUAAAAUCCUCGAGAGCUCCAAGACGGCGGCCAGGGCCGAAGGCAAGGCAGAGGCGGAGAAGGCGGCAGCCGAAGCUGCCAAGAAGGCCGCAAAGGAUGCCGAGGAGGCCCAGAACAAAGCCGUCGCCCAAGCCUGGGAGGACGCUGUUGCCGCUUUUGCUGAGGAGGGAUGGAGAGCCGAAGGCCGGAAGGAAUGGGUGGCUUCGGUAGUGGAGGCUUCGGUGAACGAAUGGGUGAAAGGCCCAGGCGCGAUGUGGCUGGCCCGAAAGGGCAAAGAGUAUUAUGACGGGGGUGAGUACUUUACUCAGGCCCUUGUAUAUCAAAGGCUGUCCCGGCAUCUUGGGGUGGACCCGAAGGCCUUCGACCCGGCAUCCUAUGGUCUCCCUUCCCUUCAGCCAGACCCCAGGGUUCCCCUCCCUGAAGGUGUUGAGAGGCCUGAUUUGGAAGACUCUGUGCUGAUGGCCGAGGGCAGCGACGAAGAGGAAGAACCCGGGGAUGAUGCCGCGUCUAAGCCUGUAGUAGAGGACGCCUCCGGGAAUGAUGUUGUUUGACGUGUAAUCUGUACUUGGCAAAUAUUUGGAACACACUUUGUAAUGGUCACAUUUGUAUGCUUUCGACCUUGGCCAUCAUUGUAACAAUCACAUUUACUUCUGCUUUUGAUGAUUGAUGGAUGAAUGUUAGCCCUCGG